AUGAUUUUAUCAACAGAAAGUCCAGAUGAUGAUGAUUUAGAAGAUGAAAGAUUUUUAGAAAUAUAUUAGGAAGCAACAGAUUUAUAUGGAUUAAUACAUUCCAGAUUUAUUACAUCUCCCAAAGGAUUAGCAAUGAUGAGAGAAAAAUAUUUACUUGGAAGAUUUGGAGUCUGUCCUCGAGUACUUUGCGAAAGACAAAAUGUUUUACCUUUAGGCAUGAGUGAAGAGUUAAGAACAUCAAGAGUCAAAGUUUAUUGCCCGAGAUGUGAAGAUGUAUAUAUACCUAAAAAAAAAUGUCCUGAUAUUGAUGGAUGCUAUUUUGGUGUUUCUUUUCCUUAAAGUUUACUAAUGGGAUAUCCUGAUUUAAUACCUUAAAAAAAUUAAUCAACAUACAUUCCGAGAAUAUAUGGGUUUAGAAUUUAUAAAAAAAAAGGAUCAAGAUUUGCUGAAGAUGAAAAUAAUGUAUGUGAAAUUACACAUUAUAAUGAAGAACUUUUAAAAUAAAUUAGAUGUAAAGCAGAUAAAAAUAAAAAUGAAGAUAAAAAGAUGCAAUAAAUUAUAUGA